UCAAACUUUGGGCAUAAACUUGCUCAUAAAAUGAUCAAUAAUUUGCUUUCACGUGACUGCUGAACUAGAAACCCUUAAAUCCAUGAUGGUGUUGCUCUCUAAUAUAGCCUCAUCUAAAUAUCUGGAUUGUCAACCUUCAUCUUCGCCACUCGCGGAGCUUAUUGCUCUGGUUUCAUUUACCAGGAAAACAAAACUUAAAGUGAGUUACGACUGUCCUCACACAAACAACAGCAGACUUACAAAGGAUGAAGAUGUUUGGAAGAAUGAUGAGCUGCUGUGUGGCUCUCCUCCUGACCUUCAGCUCUGUGUCAGCUGUAAGACGAAAGCUCAACUCAAUCACUGAUCUGAGGUCAGUAGGCUUUGGCCAGUUUGUGCCUGUGCAGAGCCUCUGGUUGCUCCACUGGUUUGCCAAUGAAAUUGACAUUGACAUAAACGGUGACAUAAGUCUGACCUUCGACCCAAAUAGUUUUGAUUAUGGCUCACAUCAUUAUCGUAACAAUGAACAGCUGUUAGAACCACUGCCUUGGCGAUAUCAGUACUACAGUCUUGGUAAUAUCCAUCAGCAAGGAUCGCUGCGGCUUCCACAUCAUGUCACUCACCUCCAAUUAGAGCAUGAGGACGGCAACAGAGCUCGGAUUAUAAUCAGAGUCAGGGAGCAAAACAUUGGACGGCGAACUUCACAGAUAAUAGACCGAGUCUAUAUCACACAGCAUUAUGAGACAUCUGAACAUCGAGGGACAGAGUAUGAUCCACUACAUACAUAUGAGAUCACUACUGACCUCUUAAGAGCGAUCAGUAAGUUUUCCAUGGACAGUGAUAACAUCAAUUUACUGAUGUCUCUCAGAGACCGCUAUAGAAGCAGCGCUGAUAACUCCCAGCUAUCGGAGAUAAGAAACACGUGGGGUGACCUUGCUUUCCUUGGACUGCUGUUGUUUAUUGUGAUCCAGGAGAGCAAUUCCUCUCACGAACACAACAGAUGGCAGCCAUCACAGAGAAGCAAUGCACUAAGUGAUACUGUGGUCAAUAUCACAGAGAGCAGGCAAAACAAUGCUUUUGUCUCCCCAGAAAGCUCCAAUUCUACUUUGCAGGACGACAACAUCUGUGCUAGGCGUUUCCGUGUUGUUUUGUCUCUCAUUGUUGUUGUUGUUCUUCUUUAUUGGGUAUUGUCACCUAAACAUUAAUUUAACUACAAUCAGUUUCAACACACAGAUUAAAUAGAGCAUUUUUAUUACAGUGUACUGCCACUGACAGCAAAACCCUUGAGCAAACAGUGUUUCGCCAUCAGUCUUCUUCCUGCUCUCUUGAUACACUCCCUUUUUUCUUUUCCUCAGAAGCUCAGCCCCUAAACUCUUUUUCCUGACUUUUUCCCUGCAUCACUGAAGACUGCAGUUGUCAAUCCUUCUUGAAAAAACAGAGAAAUUGGAAAAUUUUUACACUAUAAUAUUUGUUACCUUUAUUAUUGGUUUCAAAUCUUCCAUUUAUCCAUAAGAUUGUUGAAAAAGUAGUUUUUUUAAAAUUGUUUUUAUUUUAUUUUUAUUUGUUUAAUCUGUCUGUGCUUCCUUUAAUAGAGAAUGGCUUAUCAUAACUAUGCAGAUGGCACCCUGAUUUAAGGCUGUAACUGAGUCAGCUUUUUUGAAAAGAAACUGCUAAUUUAUGGAUUUAUUUCUUGUUUGACUGUUGUGAUACUCUUUUCCCCAACUUUCUCCAUUUCUAUUUUAAUAGUCACGUAAUUUUUUUAUUUCACACCACAUCAUCUCAUCAUCAUGACUUUCCUUAAUAAGGGUUUAUUCAUAGUAUAGUAAAUAAACUCAGUUAGUUUGAUCUCACAUUGUGUGGGAUAAAAAGAAAAACAAACUACAACCAGAAGACUAGAACUACUGGCAUAUUAUUACGGACUCCAUGUCCUGAGAAUCAGGCAGCUACAACACUUUGGUACAACCAUUGUACGCUUUGCCUCCAUGUGUUUAAUUUCACCUGCUGUGCUAUAUUUGUAGAUCUUCCAAAAUCCACCUGUAGACACAGUUGAAAUUAUUUUCACAUCAAUUAAUGACAAACUUCAAACAGUGCACCGUGAUGAGCUCAGAGUCUUCAGGGUUUCACUCCUGCACAGGUGUUAAAUUUAUUUUUAGAAUGCAAGACAAGAGUAAAAACUGUCAGUGACCAACACAUCUUCACCAGGAGCACUAAAAUGAUGUUUCCUAGCUUGAACUGAAAACCUUAAAGACUUAGAUGCAAAACAAAACAAGAAGAGAAACAAUGGUUUCUCUUUAGGACUUUGUGAACUUGUUUUCUACUCUUUAGCUUUUCAUUUGAUUCUUUUAUCUACAUGAAUCUCAUUUAUUACACUUCUGUUGCUGCUUUCUUCAUGUUCUAUCUACCCACAUGUAUCCCAAACAACACAAAUUUUAGAGUAACAAACAUCUUGUGACACAUCCUGUGUUGGAUUUUCUUGUCGAAGGAAUCAUCAAUUUAACUGACAGAUGUUUUGCUGACUCAUGCUUAUGUUCAAUCACAAUCAGGUUCAACUGCUUGUUAAGGUCUACAAAUACUUUUUGCACAUUUAGAUGUUUGCAGGUGUUUAUUUACAUGUAAAUUAUAUAUAUUUUCCUCUACGUGGUCUGGAAAUAAAAA